ACCCCUCGUACCAUAGGAACAUGGCUAGCACAUGCGACCUGUGGCGAGCAAAAUAUCUUCGAGCUGACAUUGUACGACUUGAAGAAUCUUCAUCGACCGAUUACAGAUAUCACUCUACCGCCAUUCACCCUGCAACCGGAUCUCGAUUGCAAGCCGCGCGUACAGCAAGUGCUCUUGAGUCCCGACUCGAUAUAUCUCGCUAUAGCGCGCAGCGACAACGUCACUCACGUCUACGACGCCCGUUUCCUUGGACGCAGAGUUCUCUAUGAGUUUCCGCAUGGCGCAGCGGUGGAGGCGACUAAGGAAGACGGCCAGUACGGCAUUUAUAAGGUUGAAUGGCUCGAUGAUGGUACGCACCGGUUGAAUCUUGUCACCUGCGGUGCGGACGGCUGCGUACGCUUGUGGGAUGUCAAACAAGCGUACGGUGACUUUUCAGAUACAAUCGUCGCCCAGUCGACUUCUUAUGCCGGAUGGUUCUCUCUGGGCGACAUAUAUAAGGGUGAGAUACCUCUCGUCAUGGGCGACGGCAGCGGUAAUGUUGUUGUUUGUGAUAGGAUAGAUACCCUUGACGAACCCCCACGGCAAUCCUUGCUAGAUACAUCCGUAUAA